AUGAAGGCAUCUCCCAAUAGCAAACCGGCCCACAAAGAGCCCGCUGGAGGAUUCGAUACCACCCCGUUCCCCUAUGCACCCCCGGGUUACACCCUAAAAUUCACCUUCCAUCGUGGCAUCAACCUCCCCUGCGCCGAUUUCGGCUCCUUCUCUUCUGACCCAUAUGUUGUCGCUCAGCUGAACGUCGACCUCCCGCAGCGGCACAAGCAAGAUCCCGGCUUAGUGUUCCGAACCCCGACGGUCCGCAAAAAUCGUGAUCCGGUCUGGGACAGCGAGUGGAUCGUGGCCAACAUUCCGGCGUCCGGGUUUACCCUCAAAUGUAUCGUCUACGAUGAAGAUACAGCGGAUCAUGAUGACAAGCUGGGAAAUGCAUACGUCGAGGUCGGCUCGAUCCACGAUGACUGGGCUAGUAUCAAGGAGCAGAGUUUUAAGGUCAAGAAACGCACGGGCAGCAAACGGGUCUAUUUGUUUGGCAACAUUGCGGCGUUGGCCUCGGGACGUUUGGAUACCGGCUCACAUUUGGUGAUCAGCGUGCAAUUUCUAGGCAGGACGCCGGAUAAUGAGGGGGCACAGGUGCACACGGUUGGGCCAAACUACUGGUUCAAACACUUUUCGCCUCUGAUUGGAAUAUUGGCGGGUACCAAGGACGAAGUCCAAACACAGGACGGUAGAAAGGCGGUUUCCCGGUACAAUUUUCAGGCCAUCCAGAUCCAGCUCAAGGGCCCGGUGCCGGUGGAGCUUUAUCAUCGCUACGUCGAGUUCAAACCUUUUGUCGCGGGGAUGUUCAAUGCCCAGAGCCUGCGCGGAUGGAUUCUUAAUCGAGCUUUGCAUCACCAGCAUCAGCGGAUCUACAACUUUGAUCGAACGACUCUCAAUGGCCAGUUUGAGUCGCCCUGUAUCGCUCUGACGCAGAAAUUUCUCGAGUUUGUCCACUAUGCCCAAGGCGGACGAAUCUUCACCUACGUCCUCACCCUCGACGGGCAAUUCCGCUUUACGGAGACUGGGAAAGAAUUCGGAAUCGACAUGCUCAGCAAGCACACAAUGCAUAGCAAUGUAUCCAUAUACAUAGCCUAUUCAGGCGAGUUUUUCGUGCGUCGUCGCAUGCAGCGGCGGCGGCGCCACUCACAUAUAUCGCAUGCUUCAGAAACUGAGAUGCCCGUGGAAGAUCAGCCGUCAGCAGAAUCGGAGAUUUCCACCGACCCGGCGGACUACGAACUUUUCAUCGAUAAUGAAAGCGGAACCUAUCGCCCUAAUGGCGAGUAUCUUCCUUUACUAAAAGAGUUCAUCUCCCGGAAUUUCCCCGGGCUCAAUGUCACCACCUUGGCCUGCAGGGAAGAUGCCGAGCAGAUGGCAUCAUUGAAGAAUGAGCAAAGAGAGUUCAAGAGAGAGGGUGGCCAGAUGACCUUCCUUCAGCAAAGCAGCUCUUCAUCACUCUCCAUCUCCAGUUCAGACGAAGAGGAGCUCGAGGAACGCAGUGGCACACGGCACAAGAGACGCAGAGAACUAUCCCAGAAGGUACACAACAUGCGUGAUGUGAAGGGUCAAGUCAUGAAGUGGGCACAAGCAGACAGCCAUACGUAUAUGAGUGAUUCAGGCAUCCACGCAUCCAAAUCUACAUCUGCAGAUCCCCCCCUACUGACUGCCGAAGAAGCUACCAUGAAUCGGCAAACCUCCGGCGCCUCGAAGAGUUGA